AUGUCUCCCAAGGUGGUCAAGGCGCCUGUGGCAUCUUUCUCUCCCGCAAUUCGCUCGCGUGUGCGCAAUGAUGAGGGGAGCAGCUCGGAAGGCAGUCAGGGCAAGAAGCGAAAGUCGUCUGCUACCUAUGCAUCUGUCCGCAAGCGAAUGUUCCAGCCGGUGAGUGGCGGAAACCUUCAGAUGCGCAAGAUUCCCGAGGAUCCUGAAGAGAAUUCCGAGUCUGAGCUGGAGCCUAUGCCUUUCAUUGCGCCUCCGCCUUCACGCGCGCCCACGCCUCCGUUUACGCCUGUGGCUUCUCCAGGAGUCCAGCUGAAUUUGAGGCGACGACCCAGUCUGAUCCAACAAUUCGGACAAAAGAUCAUGCGACUGAGUUCAUGGAUGGGAUCCGACAAGGCCGUUCCCAAGCGCCUCGGUGAGGCUCAAACCGCCAUCUACUCGCUCGAAAUCUCCGACCAGUCAAAAAUUUACGGCACCAUCGAUUCCAUGGUUUGCACGACCGCCAACAAGUUCCUUAUGAAGAACUACUACGCAGGCAGGGUCUCCACGGAGUCUAUCGCGAUGGUCCGCGAACAUUGGAAGGCGCAGAACCGCCCCCAGGUCUUGGAGUUUUGCUUUAGUCAGGCUAUCCAGCAAAAGCUGAUUUUUGCGAACCGUGACACCCUUCAAUUCGCCGGCGCGGCCUCAACUAAUCCGAUCGUCAUUGACAAGAUCAUGACAAACUGGAAGAUGAUGGCCCAAGAUAUGGGCAAGCGCAUUCUCUGUCAGCCUGAUAGUGUCGUCCGCAAGCACAUCAAUGAUACGAUUGAUAUUCUGAAAAUGCUUGAUGCCACUGAUGACGCGAUUGUCAACAUGCAAGUUAUGGGCGUGCAGGUGUCCAAGAAACUGCAGGACGAGUUCGGCAAGCGCCUGUCUCAGACUACCGUGGGUGUCCUUAACUCCGCCAGACGUUCGCACGGCCAGAACAGCUGCUGA